GGAAGAUAGAAUUUACUGCCUCAAAUGUUUCUCGUGCCGUAACACUAUUUGGCAGAGGAAGGAGAGGGGAAGGUUUUUGGCUGUAGAAUCGGUGAUGCCAUCAAACGGAGACUGGCUUGGCACAGGGGAGAAAGCGGGAGACGAAAAUAUCCUUCAUAUCUUGCUAUAACUUCACAAUAAAGCGGCUCUGAUCCGCUAAGCACAAGAAGUAUGAAAGCCCUGACAUCUGUGGAGGCUGCAUCUCAGUAAAUGCUGUAAAGCCACUUCAGAUGUCGGAUUGACCAAUCAGAGCCUUUUAAGGUCUUCGCAGAGACCUGCCGUGAUUGUCAUCCCUGAACAGAGACAUCUGCCUGCUCCGAAGUCAGUCCUCAACCAUCCGUGGACAAUCUGACUUGGUACCAUAGAUAUUUUCACCCUAGUCUUGCAGCUAGGCUGCUCCCCUAUAUCCUGAUGAAUGAAGACCCCAUUCGGGAAGAGCGCCCCGGGCCAGAGAUCCAGAGCUGAUGCAGGGCACGCAGGUGUUUCUGCAAAUAUGAAGAAAAAGAACUCCCACAAGAAACAAAAGAACAGCAUGGGCCCCAACCAGGCGGUGUCGUCGGCGCCGCGGCGGAACAUCGUGGGCUGUCGUAUCCAGCACAUCUGGAAGGAGGGGAGCACUACAUCUCAGUCGCAGUGGAAAGGCACGGUGCUAGACCAGGUGCCUGUCAACCCCUCGCUCUACCUCAUCAAGUACGACGGCUUUGACUGCGUCUACGGCCUGGAGCUGCAUAAAGAUGAGAGGGUACAGGGCCUCGAGGUGCUCCCUGACCGUCAAUCCUCUAAGCGCAUCAGCGACGUCAACCUGGCUGACACAAUGAUAGGGAAGGCAGUGGAGCACAUGUUUGAGACGGAGGACGGAACUAAAGACGAGUGGAGGGGCAUGGUUCUGGCCCGGGCCCCCAUUAUGAAUACCUGGUUCUUCAUCACCUACGAGAAGGACCCCGUCCUGUACAUGUACCAGCUCCUAGACGACUACAAGGAGGGAGACCUGAGGAUCAUGCCUGACUCAAAUGACACUCCGCCUGCGGAGCGGGAGCCGGGAGAGGUGGUGGACAGUCUGGUGGGGAAACAAGUGGAGUACGCUAAAGAGGAUGGCUCCAAACGAGCUGGCAUGGUCAUCCACCAGGUGGAGGCCAAACCCUCUGUAUACUUCAUCAAGUUUGACGACGACUUCCACAUCUACGUCUACGACCUGGUCAAGACCUCCUAAGGGCCACCUUUGACCCUUGACCCUUUUUCACACUACCAAGCCAAAUCAAGCAGUGCUGGUCUGUUUACGUGUCCAUCCACCAUAGCUGAAAAGGACUAUGUGGAAAAAAUAUAUCAGAGCGAGCCAGUACAGCCUGGUUCGGGUCAGUACGGUAGUGUGAAAAGGGUACUAGGUCACUGGGCCCAGAGGACAGGAGGCCUGUCUGGGGAGUUAACGAUGGAUGCGGAAGUUGUGAAGAACUCUACCAUGCAGGAAAGACGAUCAACCACCACCAUCACCACAUGAAACCUUAUCUUAUCCACCAAUUUUCCCAAAAUAUCUCUUGAGCGUUUCAUGUAACUACUUCUUUGAGAUGUGACAGACGGACAGCUGGAUUGGAUAUUUCACUGAAGCCUUUGGAUUUCUACUCGUGAAGCAUCUCUGAUGGUUCUAGUCAGAGGAGAAAAAGGGGGCACUGUGCAACUGAGUUAGUGGCCACAAUUUGUUUUUCAACUGUCUAUCCCCUGUAGUUGAGUGAUCCUAAGGAUACAUCCCAUCAAUCUCUUUGUAAGGGAAGGGACAGGGAAAAGAUAUCAAGCAUUAUAUUUGCACACUGCAUAUAAAGUUAGUUGGCAUCUCAUUAGAUUUUUUCAAUGAUUUGAUGACCAAACCAGUCAUAGUAAUGUAUCUCCUAUGUAUGUGUGUGUGAGUGAAUGAGCUCUGUGUAAAAAACAUUUUUACAUGCAGUUCUGGAGUCCGCCUAUCAUACAGAGGUCAGUAACUACAGUACUUGGGUUUGUUUCAGUUUCGGAGAAUCAUUCAAACCCUGACUAUGAUUAUAUUUGUUUCUUUGUAAUGUUAAAAGAUAUGCAACAACAUAUGCAGUGAGCAAAGAAAUGUAUGUAAGUUAUGAGAGGGAGAUGACCAUUGUUUUAAAGGGAUACUUCAGGAUUUUGGCAAUGAUGCCCUUUAUCUACUUCCCCAGAGUCAGAUGAAGUCGUGGAUACCAUUUGUAUGUCUGCAUGCAGUUUGAAGGAAGUUGCUAACUAGCGCUAGUGUAAUUGUUAACUAGCAUUAGCAUAAUGACUGGAUAUCAUUGCCAUAAUCCUGAAGUAUCCCUUUAAUUCAAACAUUUCCAUUGUUUACUUUAUACUGUAUUUAAUGUAUAUUCAUUAAAAAUGAUAGUUUAAUACUGAUGCAGAUUUAGUUCUAUCAAAGCACUAAUUUCAAAAAGUCUUCAUAGAAAACAGAGGAUUUAAGAGCACUUGUUUGUUUGUUUUUUUGUCUUUAAUGACAAUUAUAUGUUGAUCAUCUCAACAAACACUAUUCAAAAUGGUUAACCAGUGAGAGCAUUAAUCUGUUGUCCUGAGACAGUUUGUUGAAUAUGCCUUGCCAAAUCCCUCUACCCUUAUCAUUCAUUAUUCAAUCAUAAUAACAGCAAUAAUUAUUCAGAUAAUAAUUGUUUAUUGUCGUUCUUGUAUAGAGAUGUUUACAACAGUUUGUUUUGUUGGGAAAAUCAAACACGAUUUCUAUUUUCGUGACUUUUUUACUUGUCAUACAUUACGUAGAAUCAUCACAUUCUUCUUCACCUCUGUGUUAAACACACCUUCUGUUUAAUUGUCAUAGUAACAUUUUAGUAAACUGUUUUCUCAUGCCUUUUAAAAACGGAAGACGGUAUGGUAAAAGCACUGCAAAGUAAGCAAAUUAUUUAAAGUCAAAAUUCCACACCAGCUCCUCAAAAGUGUUCUAAAUUCAGCAGUACCACUACAACAAUACUAAAGUGAUUUUCAAAACAUUUUCACACAACUGUUAAUUCACAAUAAGUAUUCAAAACUUUAAAUGCAACACCCACUUUAUGGAGCGCAUGAAAUAUUGUACUAGAGGUUACUCGCCUUGAAAUAGAUUAUUAUUUGCUGUGUGUGUGUGUGUGUGUGUGUGUGUGUGUGUGUGUGUGUGAGAGAGAGAGAGUGCGUGUUUGUGCGUGUGUAACCAAACUACAUGUUCCACCAGAUGACCUUAGUAUGCUCCUUUUAGGAACGUUACAACGGUUGUCAGAGAAACAGUGGGCAACUAAGUGGUCUAGAACAUCUAAGAUACAGAUGUUGUUAAUUACCAUAGUAACAUAAACGUUCCAUGUGACCGUAACCCCGAACACUCCACUCCACCCUUACUGCUGUUUCUCCAUGCCCUCCAUGACACUGAAGCAGUGUAUGUCCAAAUGCACAGAUGCAGUCUCUGAAGAGAGGUAGUACUGUUCUUUACAGUAUUCUGUGUAGUAACAGAACAGAUCAGCUGUUGUGACUGAUUUGAGAUGAAGUCCCUCUGUUAGAGGAAUAACUAAUGCUUAGUCUAGGUUAUACACAAAGUAUGACUGAAUGGUAGCUUUAGAGAUGGAUAGCAAAACCUGAGAGAGUAUGUAUAUCGGUUAUAAUAAGGAUUAUAAUUUUAGGACCCUGUACAGUACAAAGCCCCUCUAUCAGAAAAGCUACACACAAGUAUCUUCUAUAACCUGCAAAACUUGUGUUUUAUGCAAGAUGUCGCCUUCAGAAAACAAUUGGAAGUGUUCGAUGGAUUGGCCUUUCACACUUACCUACUGUAGUAUUGUACUGUGUUUGAUGUCAGUUCAUUGUGGAAUUUUUUUUUUAAGACGAUGGAAAAACAGACCAUUCUUUUUGCAUGAGUAGCGAAAGCAGUAGAACUGUAAGUGAAAGUUAGUGUGAGAAAUGAGAUGCAUGUGUGUAUCUCUCAUUUGAUUGAAGUUUUUCUAUGAUAUGUUCAAUGUGUUGCUUAUUGUGAUGUUCCCUUUUUUGCAUUUCUAAAGAAAAACUAAGUAA